AUGUAUCUCGCCAGGACGCGGUGUCAAAACCCUCUCCCCUCCUCGUCGCCCUUCUCAACUCAUCAUCAGUCUCCUUCUGACCGGUGGACGACCCAAUCGCUCGUUUCUGGCUGGCGCCGCUACGGAAACCUCAUCAAAAUCUCAAAUUCAACCAGUGCUGGUGGCCUUCAGACGCCGCCUUACGACGAAGACAUGGCUACCACAUACCAAGUGCCGAACUUGACUCCUUCGUACGAGCAACAUAGAUCUUACACACACUCAACCCUCCCAGCACUCUCCAGCUGUAGUGCCAGUGCUGCGUCUCAAAGGCCGCCUCGAGAUUUGGCCCACAUGUUCAACUCCGAGUCACUAUCUUCUUACUCGGAUACACAGUCAAUUUACCUUCCUAAUCCACAGCAACGGUCGACUGCCGCUUCGUCUAUCAGUUCGAGUUCAGGUUCAGCACAGCGAGGCUAUGCCCAGCAGCACCAGUCACGGCAGCCACCUUCACCACGGCAGCAACAGCAACAGCAAUACGUUCCGCAAAAACAGCAGCAGCAGCAGUAUCAGCAUCAGCACCAGUCGCGGCAGCCAUCCUCACAGCGGCCCUCAAGACCGCCCUCACCAAGCCCGAUCAAACGAGAACAAGAGAUCUCGGCGCGGGACGCCGCCAUGGCACUCCACAGCUUGCAGGUUCCGUCAUGUAUCAGCCCCAAAGGCGGAAGUCUUUCGGAUUUCGUGGCCAACCUGACAGCCCUGUUUUGGUUCGAAACCUCAAAGUUACUUGAGCAGGCUGCGACAUACGAUGCCCUUCGUCCAGGUGCCCCUGUACGGCGGAUCGAGGGGCCCGCCAUCGCUUGCCCCAACUUCAAGAAAUGGGUCCAUAACCUCUUGUCAACUACCCAGGUGACACAGAAUGUUAUUCUUCUGUCUCUCUUGUACAUCCAUCGACUCAAGGUUCUGAACCCAAAGAUGCAUGGGCUUCCGGGCAGUGAGUAUCGACUGCUUACGGUCGCGCUGAUGCUAGCAAACAAGUUUCUCGACGACAACACGUACACCAACAAGACUUGGUCCGAGGUCUCCCAGCUUUCGGUAAACGAGAUUCAUGUUAUGGAGGUUGAGUUCCUGGGAAAUAUGCGCUACAGCCUGCUCGUUACCGGGAAGCAGUGGGAGGAAUGGCUGGUCAAACUGGCUAGAUUCCGUGAAUAUCUGGAGCAAGCGCGACAACUCCCUUCACCAGCAAAUCUCUUUGCACCGUCGCCAAACGCACUCCCAACUUCGGCUUUGCCCUCUCCCAAUACCGUCCAGCACUUUCCCUCGCCGUUGCAGCCAACUCUGGCCGGACAGUCACCAAGCGCGAGUUUCUAUGCGAAGCAGAGCUCUGGCCAAGGUUGGCCGACCCAUGCGGCAGGCCAAGCCCAAAUCUGGAACCCGGCAAGCACACCGUUGAGCCGAAAGAGGAGCAUGCCAGAGUUUGAUCUUUCAGAACCACCAGCUAAACGUCGGACGCCGUUGAAGCCAUAUGCCUCAUCGGAGACCUUAUAUCCCACAGUAACGGCACCUCAGACCCUCAGAAAUCCUCGAGACUUUGUCUUUGCGCCGCUUCCAUCGACGAGCGAGAUUGCUUCAAAGCAAGCGCGCCUGUCGGUGUCAAAUUUGACACUGAACAAUGCUCAAUCAUCCACGGCAACUACGCUCCCAGGUGAUGUCUAUUCCCGCGUCAGCUACGCGCCGGAGAGCAUGAUUUCUUUGCCGCCCAUCCUCCUACCUGCCCCGGGCAUGGCUUCUACCUACCUCAACCCCACAUCGACGGCUGCUCCCAUUCCGUCAAUCUUACCGACCAGCCGCUCUGGUGUUUCGCCGUCGACCGCCGUUCCAGCUUCGACAACGGCUCACCCGGCCUCUCAGUAUGCCCUACCUGCGAACCACCUACACUCUCAGCACAGCCUGGCCUCAAGCGGAGCUUAUCUCGGUUCAUCUCCGAUCGGCGAGCCGCUCAUACAUACUCCGAUGUCAAGUUCUCCUUCCAACAUCUAUCUUCAACAGCGGACAAGCCCAUACAGACCAGUCCGACACACCGAAACACUACUUCACCCCCCGCCGUCGGCCUUUCUCCAGCAAUACCAUCUUCCGAACCCGAUUCCCCCGACUCAGCUACACUACCAACCACUUGGGCGGCGGAAUGAGGUGCGCACUGGCAUUGUUCCAGAAUUCGCCAUGCCCAAUAGUGGGUUGACAAUGGCAGGAGCCGGCCGGUAUCACGAGUCUAUCCCUGCCUUUCGUCAAUCGUUUUCGUUGCCCUUACGGGACCUUCCACCGACAACAUCUGCAUAUUCACAGCAACCAAGGCGUUAG